AUGGCGCCAAUAAUGUUCUCUUUAAGAUUUCUGUUCUUCCUUUCUCCCGUUUUGUUCCUCAUCAGCACUCAAUCCCUUGCUCAGCCCCCUGAUUUUCGAGGCAUUUGGUGUUUCAACGAUAAGGGCAACUACACCACCAACAGUACCUACCAGACAAACCUCAACAUCCUUCUCUCUUCUCUUUCUUCCCCCUCCAACAACGGCAAUGGCUACGGCUUCUACAACUCAUCCUACGGGGAAAACCCCGACCAGGUUCACACAAUCGGGCUAUGUCGAGGGGAUGUCAAGGUGGACAUUUGCCGUGGCUGCCUCAGCAACGCCACACAACUGCUCACACAGGUCUGUCCCAAUCAAAAGGAAGCUUUCGGCAUAUUUGACCAGUGCACGCUUCGCUACGCCAACCGCUCCAUCUACGGAGCCAUGGAAACUUUCCCAACUCUCAUGUGGUAUAACGUACAGAACGUAUCCUCCGACGUCGAUGGGUUUUUUCAAGAGCUGAGGACGCUACUGGAGGACCUAAGGGGUCAAGCUGCAGGGAACGGUUCACUUCGAAAAUUUGCGGUAGGGACCGCAACCGCUCCCAACUUCCAAACAAUCUAUGGACUUGCGCAGUGUAGGCCGGAUUUGACCGAGCAGAACUGCAGUUAUUGCUUGGGUAGUUCUAUGGCAGAUAUCCCAGAAUAUUUUCCGGGGAAGGAAGGUGGUCUUAUUAGUAAACCCAGCUGUGAUGUUAGGUAUGAGACCUAUCGCUUCUUUGACCCUACAACUGUCCGACCAUUGCCGUCUUCUCCACCGGCACUGUCUAGUCCUCCUCCACCGUCAACCAAUACAGGAGGAUCCAAGAGUAACAGAUCUCGGACUGUCAUCAUUAUUGUUGUGCCAAUUGUAGUUUCUGUGGCGGCCACGAUACAUAUGAAAUUGGAUUUGCAGAAUCCUUGCAAUUUGACUUGGCCACCAUUAGAGUUUCCACAGAUGACUUUUCUGAAGCAAAUAAACUUGGACAGGGCGGAUUUGGAUCUGUUUAGUUCAUUCACUAUUGUUCAAGCGAACCUUCUCAUGGACAUAAUCAAAGAACAGUGCAAGAGUGCUAGUAUUCUGUUACUUCAAAUUAGUAUAUUUUAA